AUGCCUGCUCAGCGAGAACCCCAGCAGAGGUCCGCCUCCACAGCAGUCCCACAAGUGAUGUCCAUGCCCUUCACAGCCUUCCUCGAAAACGAAGCAACGCGUAUCUGCGAAGAAGUCGCCUCAGGCUCCGUCUCCAUACCCGCAGCACAUCUCUCAAGCUUUCACGAACUAGAGCUCUUCGACCAAAUCAAGCAGCACCCUUCCAUACGUGGCCGCUAUCACAUCAUCUGGUCCUCCAUCACAAUGGUCACCAAGCACGACCUGCGCAUUCUGGAGCCCACAACCGGUGAAAUACGGGCAGCAUUGCGUGAUGGUGAAGAGCCCGCAUUCGAAUUAUUCGUCGGACAACACCAUCGCACUCGCUCGCAGAGCCAUACUUCACCACCAAACCAUACUCACGUCGCAUCACAGACGUCCACCCGCGCAGUGAACGGUAGUGUCGAAAGCAUCGGCUCUGAUGCCGAGCCUUCCCGAUCCUUGUACGAAGAACUCAUCGCCGAGCAAGUAGAUUGGCCUUCGCGCGCACAGUCGCAGGACCCUGGCCCUGGCCCUUUGCUCCGACCCCCGUUGGCAUCUCGUCGCAACACGUCACGCCGCCCUCCGACCCCACACGCAGCCGCUAAUCGCGUGUGGGCAAUGCCCAUUUCUCACCCAAGGACGCCGAUACCAGCGCCGGUACAAAGCGAUUGGGACACGGUGGAACACUCAUCCGUAUCCUGGACGCUCCAAUUCACUCCGAACGGGUUCGUGGAAACAUGGGGUGUGAAUCCGCCAAGGAUAAUACGUACGCCGCGAGUUGCGGAAUCAAGUACUAUUGUGUAUCAUGCUUAUCCAAGUAGUCGAGGGAGGGAUUUGGAUCCGAGGAGUACGGUGGUGAUGCAAGGGCCGGGGGGGUCUUGGUACUGGUCGGGGGAUGAGGACGAGUAUAGUGGAUGGGAUUAA